UUAGCAGUUUGGAAACUGCACAGGAUUGCACACAGACAAAAUAUAAGAAGCUGAAGCAGGGAAAAGGAACUGAUGAACUCAGAACUUGAGAAUGCACCAUGGAAUCUGCACCAGGCAGUAGAUACAGCAAUCCAACCUGAAAUAAGGAAAUGGAGCUGCUGAUAUUGGAACCAGGAAUUGACAAAAUCCAAGCUGUACUGGCAAUGAGCAGAUGCAAGUGAAUGGUUGAAAUAGGACACGCUGAAUAGUCAUUUGUGCCUCUGGUCAGGUGGAAGCUAAUCCCUCUGUGAUUAGGAGAAACUGGAGUCAACUGUUUAAUCCAACAUGGGGGUUGCCAUAAUGGACUGGAAGACAUUCCAAGGUCUACUGAGUGGAGUGAAUAAGUAUUCAACAGCAUUUGGACGCAUUUGGCUAUCAGUGGUAUUUGUAUUCCGAGUUCUUGUGUAUGUGGUUGCAGCAGAGAAAGUAUGGGGAGAUGAACAAAAAGACUUUGAUUGCAACACCCGUCAACCAGGCUGCACCAAUGUCUGCUAUGACCAUUACUUUCCUAUUUCUCAUAUCCGACUUUGGGCUUUACAGCUAAUAUUUGUUACAUGCCCAUCACUCUUGGUAAUUAUGCAUGUAGCUUACAGAGAAGAUCGAGAAAAAAAGAACCGGUUAAAAAAUGGAGAGCAGUGUUCUAAAUUAUACUCAAACACAGGCAAAAAACAUGGUGGUCUCUGGUGGACCUACCUUUUAAGCCUGUUCUUCAAAACCGGCAUUGAAAUCACCUUCCUAUAUAUACUUCAUACAAUGUGGGACAGCUUUGAUCUUCCACGACUUGUUAAGUGUACGAAUGUGGACCCCUGUCCCAACAUUGUAGAUUGCUACAUUGCACGGCCAACUGAGAAGAAAGUGUUUACAUAUUUUAUGGUAGCAGCCUCUGCCAUCUGCAUUAUUCUCAGUAUCUGUGAAAUAUUUUACCUUAUCUUUAAGAGGUUUACCAAUUGUUUUAACAAGUAUAAAAAAUCCAACAAACACUCAGUAACCUACAGCAAAGCAUCAACCUGCCAGUGUCACAUCCGGUUAGAGACAAUAGAGAAAAAACCAAUUAACAAAACAGUUGACUCUCUAAGAGCUUCUGCACCAAAUUUGACAAAUUUGUAAAAUCAUUACAUCAGUCUGUAAAAUAUCUUUUGACGACCGAGUCGUAUGGUAACACGGAUGAAAAGAAAGCCUUCUUAUUCAACUACUAAGACAAGACUUAAAAUGUGUGCCUACUUUCUCCUGGACAGUUAUACAUAUAUUCAAGGAAAAUGUUGGAUGACAGUUUAUGAAUAUGUCGCUUAAGGAACCUCAUUUUGAUGGAGCUGUCAAAAAAUAAUCUCUAUACAGAUGUUAUGUUUACACAGUGUAACUCUUUCCACAUUGGAAAACUCAAAGGAACAUAUAAAGGCUUUAUGGACACAGGAAAUCAUGAUAAGGCCAUGGCAGUGAGGAACACAAAGUAAAAACAAUGACUGCCUACAUUCUAAAGCUGGCGUUUUAGAGAAUCACAAUUUUUCAUUUCAUAGAUUCUUGGUUAAAGAUACUUAAAAUUAAACAUUGACUCCAAAUGACUAUUCACUGCCACUUUAUAUGCUGUUUGAUCUAGACUGUUGGAAUGUACUAUCCAAGCUGAUGCGUGGGGAGUUUAAGAGACUAAAGAACAAUCCCCACUCAAUGGGGGGAAUUCAAAUGUUUCAAAAGUCGGUUGGGUGUUUGGUUUUUCCUGUCUAUUAGAUAGGAAAAAACAGACACGCAACUGACUUUUCAAACAUUUUAACAGGGGUGUAUCUAGGGGUCCGAGCGCCCCUGGCAAAGUCAGGGGCAGGCCCCCCACACACACAUACAUACACAUAUUUGAAAUAAGGGAGGCGUGUCAAAAAAGGAAUGUGGCCUUGUGGGGAAGAGGCAUUGCCACACAAUAGUACUUCCAAUUCAAAUUAUGCCACACAGUAUCACAUUACACCGCACAGUAGUGUCCAUUACUCACAUUACAACGCACAGUAGUGUCUCUUAUUCACGUUACGCCCUAUAGAAAACACAGUCUAUAAAGGGCAUAUGGGGAAUGCAAAGGGAAAAUGGAAAUGUGGACUUGUGCUAAUAAAUAUAUUCCUAAUUUUAUAUGGGGAAUGCAGUCAAACCACAUUUGCCAUUAGUAUAUCUGAUCCUGCCCAUAGGCACACACAUAUACACUUACAUACAUAGGGGUAUAUUCAAUUGACGUCGGAUCCAUUCCGACAUUCAUUUGUCGGAAUGGAUCCGACCUGGGCUAUUCAAUGCAAUCUCAAUUCGAAUUGAGAUGCGGGUGCUGAGACGGGGGGAGCAGCGCUGCAGCAGCGUAGCCGGAGGAUGUGUCACAGCCGCCAUUCACGGCAGCA